CCUUUGUCAUCAUCCGGUUGCAUUUCUUCUAAUAUUGGUGGCCUUGGAGGAAAGGACUUCUUUCUCUCUCUCUCUCUCCCACAACAAACCGCUCCGAAUUGCAUGCUCCUUGCGCUCCCCACUCUCUUGAGGGCAACAAAGGCAGCAGCAGCGACUCGACCUACGUUUACAAGACGAGUCUUCUUGAGCCUUGACCUUCCACGACGGCCACAGCGCCCAGCCUGCGCCUCCACAUCCACAUCCUCCUCGAGAAAGUUGACAAAUUCGAGAAGCGAGCCGUUUACGGUGGACAAGGAUAGGACAAAGGCCACCAUGCCUGCAAAGCAGAAGCGUGAGCCGGAGACGCCGGACGAGGACGAAAAGGUGCUCGAUCCCAAGCUGGCUUCGACGCCCGACGUCGACGACGAGGAAAUGUCGCAGCCGGCCAAGAAGAAGAAAAAGACGACGACGACAUCCUCCGCGACCUCGUCCAUCGGGGGCAAGGGAAAAGACUGGCCGGACGUGAAGCGCAAUGCCUUCAAUCCGUCACCGACCAAAUUGCCAGAGAAAAACACACCGUUGCAGCAGCUGAGGGAUGCUCUUAAGAAGCACGGCGAGGCGCCGAAAGCCGAGGGAAACGUCGUCUUUUGGAUGAGGAUGCGCGACAUGAGAAUCGAGGACAGCCGAGGACUCGAACGGGCGAGCCAGCUGGUUCAGGAGCGAAAGGGCAGCCAUUUGAUUGUGCUGUACAUCAUCAGCCCGCAAGACUAUCUUGCACAUGAUCGAUCGCCGCGGCGGAUCGACUUCAUGCUCCGGAGCUUGGAGCAGAUCCAGUCACAGCUUGACGAGCUCAACAUCCCCUUCGCCGUCCUGACGCACGAGCCGCGCACGGCAAUCCCAAAAAAGGCGCUCGAGCUAUGCAAGGAGUGGGGCGUGUCGAACCUCAUUGGCAACAUCGAGUACGAGGUUGACGAGCUGUGGCGCGACGUUCAAGUGGUCGAGCAGGCCAAGUCAUACGAUGUCCACGCCGAAUUCCUCGACGACACCUACGUCGUCCCUCCCGGCCGAGUCUUGACCAAGGAUGGAAGGCCCUACAGCGUCUUCUCGCCGUGGAAUCGAAAUUGGGUAGACGUACUGUCCAAGACUCCCCAGCUGAUCGAGUCGUCCGAGGAGCCAAAAGCCAACGACAAGUCGGUCCGAUCGGACAGCAAGCUCAAAGGCUUGUUCGGUACAAAGAUACCGGAAAGCGUGAAGGGAUUCGAGUGCAAGGACAGGUCGUACAUGGAAAAGCUGUGGCCAGCAGGGUCGAAAGCAGCGCAAAAGGUCCUCGACAACUUUGUCCGUGGGAAAGGUGGCCUGCCCAUCCUGGAUGCGCCUGCCACGGGCGAAGACCUCGACAAGGUGCAAGCAGCAAGCAAAGAGUCGAGACUGGGCCGCUAUGGCACGGGACGCAACCUGAUGAGCGAGAAUGGCGCGAGCCGACUGAGCCCAUACCUCUCUGCUGGCCUCAUUUCCGCUCGUCAGUGCCUGCGCACGACGCGAGAUGUGACAAAGGGCAAGCUCCAGGUCGGCAGAGACUCGGGCCCUGCCAUGUGGAACACAGAGGUCAGCUUCCGUGACUUUUACGGACAUGUCCUGGCUGCGUGGCCGAGAGUGUGCAUGGGCCGAGCCUAUGUGACCCGGUACGAGGACGUGGUGUGGGAGUACGACAACGAGACGCUCGACAAGUGGCAGCAGGGCAAGACUGGCUACCCAAUCGUCGACGCGUCGAUGCGCCAGGGCGCAAAGCAGGGCUACAUGCACAAUCGUGGUCGAAUGGUUGUGGCCAUGUUCCUGACGAAACAUCUCAUGCAUGACUGGCGCGAGGGCGAGCGCUGGUUCAUGCGCAACUUCAUCGACGGCGACUUUGCCUCCAACAACGGCGGAUGGCAAUGGAGCGCCUCGACAGGUACGGACCCGCAGCCGUACUUUCGCAUCUUCAACCCCAUCUCGCAGAGCGAAAAGUGCGACCCACAGGGCGAGUACAUUCGGCAUUGGCUGCCCGAACUUCGGGGCGUCAAGGGCAAUGCGAUUCACCAUCCGUUCGAGAGGCUGUCAAAGGAAGAGUUCAAGAAACUCGACUACCCCGAACCAAUUGUCGAACACAAGUUUGCGCGCGAGCGCGCCCUCCGUCGCUUCAAGAAUGUCGGCGAAAAGUGAGGAUCAGGGAAGGGAGAGGGUCGUCUAUUUUAAUGAUUUCAUGCGUACUUGUACACUUGGUUGUCUUGUUCUCGGAAAGUGAAGAAUUGGAGAAGAGAGGGAAUGUU